UAGCUUUUGUAGACCAGGCUGGUAUUGAACGCAUGAAGAUCCGCCUGCCUCUGCCUCCCGAGUGCUGGGAUUAAAAGACACGUGUGCUACCACCGCUCUGCAUGAUUCUUCACAGUGGCCAAAUUACAAUUAUGAAGUAACGAUGAAAUAAUUUUAUGGUUGGGGGUCACAACAUGAGACACUGUAUUAAAGGGUUUCAGCCUUAGGCAGGUUGAGAGCCACUGAAUGGUUAGAAAACUAAAAAGAGGUAUCUACUGCAUCUCAGGGGAAACAGGUGAGGGGGCCAGCACUCGCAGGGUCCUCCAUUGCCGCAGUCACUCACAGGGCUCUCGCACCCUAUCCGGUUUUGGCCCCAAGCAAGUUCACUCAGUCUAAGGGAAGGCUCCUGCCUCUGCUAGGUCUCUGUUAAAGACGGUUGAACCAUCCCUUUGACUUCAAAACUAGAAGGUCUUGGAGACUGCUUGAAAACGUCCAGGACAGGAAGAGCACCCAUUGACCUAACAGUCAAUAGUGGGGGGGGCAUCACUCAUGAGCCCCCUGGGAUCUGUUCCCAGCACUUCCCACAAGGCCUCUACCUGCCGCUAUGGCUUCCCGGCCACACAUAGUUCAAAGAACAUGGCUAUGAAGACAUGACGCCAACCGGGGGCUUGUAGUGCCUGUGCAGGCCAGGGUAACACGGCCUUAUUUUCUAGGUAUGCCGUCCUUGCUGCUCUGGGAAGACUGGGCAGGCCAGGGCAAUUAUCAGGAGAGCUUACUAUUUUAACACCAACCUCUUUAAAGCCUAGCAGUUCAGCGGGGUGGAAGUUUAGUCAUCGGGAUGUCCCUAAAUCACUGGGUUUUGAUCUGGAAUACUUUCUUCAUACUUUGUACUUGUGCGUGGUUUAUUUAGGGUUGGCUGGAGGGGAAGAAUGGGGACAGAAGGAAGGGCCUCAGCUAGCUGAUCUCCAUUCAGGGUUUAGAUCUGCUAGAAUGUGUGUUUAGUGGGGCAGAGAGCUUGGCUCUAUAUGGAUUUUCCCCUACCAAUCUAUUUAUUAUUGAUUUAUUUAUUGCUUAUUUGCUUUGCCCAUUGCUAAGCCCAUGUAAGACUAAUAUACAGUUGGCCUUUCAUAAAUACUUGUUGAAUGAUGUACUGGGCAUUAGGAAAAGCAUUUCCCUCCCAGGAGUAGCCCAGAAAUGGCACACAGAGGCAGGGACAGGGAGGUGAUUGAUGGGAACUGCAGAGUUGUGCUGUGAUUCAUUGUCUCAAACAAGCUCCAGACAGGUAAGGCAGGAGGGGGCUGGGAAGAGUGGAUCCUGAAUGGGUGGAGCCACAGGGUGGAGACUUCUGCAAAACAAUAGAGAGGUUUUGAAUUGGACUCAAGACACUGGGAGAAUAAUACAGUCAGGUGUUCCGGGCCAGGAUUGUGCUAAAGUAUAUAUAUAUCAUCUCCCAUAGUCCUUGUCAGGUGCUGGCAAACACAUUGCUGGUCUCUCAUUUGGUAGCCUGGGAAACAGCCCAGAGGAGUCAAGGCACUUGUCUGGGGCCUCAGAGCUAGCGUCUGAGCCAGGCAGAGCGGCUUCUGACUUUGCUUCCCUACAGUAACGAUGUGGUCAGGCCUCUCUACUCGUACAAAGGAACUGGGUCUUCAGCUUUCGGGUUCUUCUGAAAGGACAACGGAAGAGAAGCUGAGAAAGGAAUUGCCAGUCUGCCCCAGAGAGAGGGUCCUCACACCGCCUGACGAUGGUUCGGCCAGUGAGGACUGAAAGGAAAUGCCCUCCUAGCCAGCCGCCACAGGAUGGAGGGCUUCAUGGACUCAGGGACACAGACGGACGCCGUGGUGGUGCUGUCCUUGGCUCAGGCUGCCGUGCUGGGCCUGGUCUCAGAAAAUGAGCUCUUUGGAGCCACCAUAAGUGCUGAGGCCUUCUAUCCAGACCUAGGGCCAGAACUGUCUGGGACAGCUGUGGGGGAGCCAGGACCGCCAGGACCCGACAUCUAUCAGCUGGCCUGUAAUGGGCGUGCCCUGGAAGAGCCCCCAGAAGAGGAGGUGCUGGAGGUAGAGGCAGCCUUUGAGAAGCACACCCGGAGGAAGACGCGGCCUCCCGUGCGGCUGGUACCCAAGGUCAAGUUUGAGAAAGCGGAAGAGGAAGAGGAACAGGAAGUGUAUGAGGUAUCUGUGCCUGGUGAUGACAAGGACCCGAGCCCUGCAGAGGCUCCUGCCGAGGUGGCUGGUGGUGGCUGCGAGGCCCUGGUGCAGAGCAGUGCCGUCAAGAUGAUCGACCUCAGCGCCUUCAGCCGCAAGCCCCGGACGCUCCGGCACUCACACUUGCCUCGAACUCCAAGGCCAGAGUUGGACAUGGCCCCCUUCGAUCCUCCUUUCCCCAACCCAACCCGGGACGGCUUCCCCGAGCCCAGCAUGGCACUACCUGGACCAGAGACUUUGCCCACCGAAUGUGGUUUUGAGCCGCCCCACCUGGCCCCCCUGAGCAAUCCUGAGCCUCCCACCAUGACAUCGCCAGAACUCGUCAAACCAGAGCAGGGCUUUGUGUGGCAGGAGUCCAGUGAGUUCGAGGCCGACCCGGCAGGCUCCACGGUGGAGCGGCACAAGAAGGCACAGCUGGACCGGCUGGACAUCAAUGUACAGAUUGAUGAUUCCUACCUGGUGGAAGCGGGUGACCGCCAGAAACGCUGGCAGUGCCGCAUGUGCGAGAAGUCCUACACGUCCAAGUACAAUCUGGUGACGCACAUCCUGGGCCACAAUGGCAUCAAGCCACACUCAUGUCCACACUGCAGCAAGCUCUUCAAGCAACCCAGCCACCUGCAGACGCACCUGCUGACACACCAGGGCACACGGCCCCACAAGUGCCAGGUGUGCCACAAGGCUUUCACUCAGACCAGCCACCUCAAACGUCACAUGCUGCUGCACUCUGAGGUCAAGCCCUACAGCUGCCACUUCUGCGGCCGCGGCUUCGCCUACCCCAGCGAGCUUAAGGCCCACGAGGUGAAGCACGAGAGUGGCCGCUGCCACGUCUGUGUCGAGUGCGGCCUAGACUUCUCCACCCUGACCCAACUCAAGCGCCACCUGGCCUCCCACCAGGGCCCUACCCUCUAUCAGUGCCUCGAGUGUGACAAGUCCUUCCACUACCGCAGCCAGCUACAAAACCACAUGCUCAAGCACCAGAACGUGCGGCCCUUCGUGUGCACGGAAUGCGGCAUGGAGUUCAGCCAGAUCCAUCACCUCAAGCAGCAUUCCCUCACCCACAAGGGCGUGAAGGAGUUCAAGUGUGAGGUGUGUGGCCGAGAGUUCACCCUGCAGGCCAACAUGAAGCGGCACAUGCUGAUCCACACCAGCGUCCGGCCCUACCAGUGCCACAUCUGCUUCAAGACCUUUGUGCAGAAGCAGACGCUCAAGACCCACAUGAUUGUGCACUCGCCCGUGAAGCCAUUCAAGUGCAAGGUGUGUGGGAAGUCCUUCAACCGCAUGUACAACCUGCUGGGCCAUAUGCACCUGCACGCAGGCAGCAAGCCAUUCAAGUGCCCCUACUGCUCCAGCAAAUUCAACCUCAAGGGAAACCUGAGCCGGCACAUGAAGGUCAAGCAUGGCGUCAUGGACAUCAGCCUGGACAGCCAAGACCCCAUGAUGGAGCUGGCAGGCCCCGACCCCUCUGAACUUGACAGCCAACAGGAGAUGGAGGACUUCGAGGAAAACGCCUACACCUACACCAGUGUGGACAACAGCACCGAGGCCAGCGCCCUCACUGAGCAGGCCAUGAAAGAAAUGGCCUACUACAAUGUGCUAUAGCAGGCCCGCUGAGUGGGCGGGGAGGGCACAGGGUGAGACCCACAUACUGAGGCCUGCACCUCUGCAGCCCAGAACCAAGCUACUGCCCGCUGCCCGCCCCCCUCCCUUCCCCCAGUCAUUUGCACCACUAGGGACCUUUAGACCAAAUGGAGACUGUACUACUGUCCUUGCAGGGAGCUGGGCGUAGACCUAGGCAUCCCGGUGAGGGAAAGGUAACCAGGAGGCCCAGCUCUGGUUCUCCUUGGCCUGCUGCUGUGGGUGGGUAGGGGAAAUGCUAGUGAGGUCUCUUACAGGCACGGGGGCACAGACUUAGACGUCUUCUCCAAGCUGACUCUGGCCUUUAAGGACAUCUGAGCUCCUGCACUGGUCAGCACUGCCCACCCCAAUCCUGCUCAGACCCAAGAACCUCUUCCCUUCCCGUCACUCAACAGCCAGGCAGGGCAUUCUGCCUUCUACCUCCUGGGCCUCCCCUUGCUCCAUCCAGACAUGCAUGCGGCCCUAGCCCUGGCCCUGCCUGUAGGAGAGCCGGGGAGCCCAGCCUCCAGAGCCCCCUCCCAGCCAGCCGGCAGAGCGCCCUUGUCCUCAGCCCUGUUGGGAAGACCAUCCCCAGUGUGCAUUUCAGUGAACUUCAUCCAGUUCUGUCCCAAGCUAAGGCACCAACCAGCGUCCUCACCAAACAAAAUCAGGACAUGUCUUGUGUCUGGCACACAUUAACAAGGACCCGUUGAACCAAGGGGAAGGGCAGGGUGACAUCCCUGGGACCAAGAGGAGGACUAGAAUGGUUUUUGUUUUUGUUUUUAGGAGCAAGCAGGUGUUGUAAGGAAUGGGUGAGUUGAGGCUCAGCAGGCUCCCAGGGAAGGGCAUAUUUAAAAAGGAAAACCAUAGACAGGGGGAGGGGAGGAUUCAGUUUUGGGCAAGUGAGGAUAUUUUAAAAGUAAUUUUCCAACUCUCUCAUCUGUCACCUUUGAUGGAGCAAUGGAGAGGCAAGCUGAACCUUUCCUGUGUACUGUACACUCCCUGAUUCCCUAAAGCAGCCAGGCAUGGUGUACUUGGGCCCAGGAGGAACCCAUGAUCUGUGACCCGUGCCCUGGCCCCAGGCUGGGAGGGAGGGCUCAGAAGGCUAAGGCAGGAGGGAAGGAGUCAGAGAGCCUCCCAGGCCCUCUCCAGCUGUGGCUCUGCCAUCCAGGGAACCAAGGUCUCUGACUCCAUGCAGCCAGCUGCCCCCUCUCACCUGCCUACUCUCCUCCCCUCUACCCUUCAGGUAGUGACGAACACAUUCAGAAACUCCAUAGCACCCUAACCCUGCCCAUAAAUCCCAAGGCCCCUCAGGGGAGGAGCAGGCAAGGGCCAACCCCGAAAAGGCACAGAUGAAGCCACCAGCUUUGGCUGAAAAACCAAGACGGGGGAUCCAGCUGGGGUGGAAGGUGCUGAUCUGAAGUGCAACUGCCCCCAAGCCUGUGUCCCUUAGUGAGACACCAAGCCAGGCCUCAGGGUAACUGUUCCAAACCGGGGGCGAGGUGGACACACUGGCCCACGUGUGGUUUCCCAAGGCCCCCAGCCUCCCAGGUGCCCACCAUGAUGACCCUCAGGUGGCAGUGAUUCGGUAUCACUGUACAAGACAUUUCUCCUGCUAAGCAGAAGGCGCCACCCCUGCAAACUACCUCUUCCCACAAUGACUUUCUCCCCUGGUACCAAAAAGCACCCUGUACCUCCUCCUGCCAAUGCAGUGGCCUUGGUCUUGGAAACAGAAGGGAGAAGUCUGACCUGGGUGGGGUCUCUCAUUGCCUCCCAGUCCGCCAUUGGCACAACCCUCUGAGGGGUACCAUGCUCAGAAAACCCCCGGCCCUACGCCUUGUGCCUGGGCAAUGCAGAGAGGAAGGUACAACACAGUGCACAGUUGGAGCUGGGGGCGGUCCUGGCAAGGCUCCGGCCUCACCUCUCCCAGCCUUCUGGAAAGGGUAGCUCAAGCCCUGGUCGGAUUCCUCUCUAACUUAUUGACGUGUACACAAACCAACUGUUUAGACUCCACUUGUGCAGAGCCCUACUGUGUUUUUAUGUUCCUGUUUAAAAGAGAAGUUUACUUAGCAAUAAUUAUAAAUAAAUGGAUAUUCUUUA